AUGGCCGCCGAAGUGCAGCCCCUCCAGCGGGUGAAGUUCCCCACAGGGCCAUCCGCGACAACGCCCGAGCAAAAGUACUGGAACUCCUUCACCAACGACCUGCAGCUCUCCGCGCCGAACAACACCGCCAUCACCUCCAUCUCCUUCCCUCCGCCCCCUACACGCAUCUCCGCGUCGCCGCCCGCCGAAACCUUCGCCGUGACCUCCGGCCCGCGCAUCCAGGUCUUCUCCUCCAAGACGCGGAAGCUCGUGAAGACGAUCUCGCGCUUCAGCGUCGAGGACGUCGCGCACAGCGGGACCAUCCGCCGCGAUGGGCGGAUCCUCGUGGCGGGCGGCGAGACGGGCGCGAUCCAGACCUUCGACAUCAGCUCGCGCGCCAUCUUGAAGACGUGGAAGGAGCACAAGCAGCCGGUGUGGGUGACGCAGUGGCAUCCGGACAAACUGACGACGUUGAUGAGCGCGAGCGAUGACACGACGGUGCGGCUGUGGGAUCUGCCGUCGGAUGCGAGUACGCACACGUUUUACGGGCAUCAUGAUUAUGUGCGCUCGGGGGCGUUCAUGCCGAAGCAGGCGAGCGGGUUGUUGGUUAGUGGGAGCUAUGAUCAGACGGUGCGGUUGUGGGAUCCGAGAACGCCGGGGAAGGAGGUUAUGAUCUUUAAUAUGGGGUCGAUGGUUGAGGCGGUGCUGCCGAUGCCGUCUGCGACGACGGUGUUGGCGGCGGGGGGGAAUCAGAUUGCCGUGUUGGAUUUGGUGGGUGCGAGGACGCUGGAGCUGCUGGAGAAUCACCAGAAGACUGUUACGUGUCUGGCGCUUGCGAAUGAUGGAAAGAGAGUGCUGAGUGGAGGACUCGAUGGCCAUGUCAAGGUGUUUGAGACGGCCGCAUGGAACGUGGUCGCUGGUUUCAAGUAUCCCAGCCCGGUGUUGUCGCUGUCCGUUAUCAGUUCUGGCGCUGCGAGGGAGGACAGACAUCUGGCCGUUGGUAUGGAGUCUGGACUGCUGUCUGUCAAGACUCGGUUGUCAGGCCAGCAAAAAGCACUCGCCAAGGAGCGAGAGAAAGAGAUGGCAGCUUUGAUGGACGGGAAAAUCGACGAGUACGACAAGAAGUCAUUGAAACGCAAAAGGGGGAAAGGCUGGGAGAAGCGGCUUCGAGGCAAAGACUACACCGGCGAAGGCGCCGACAUCAUCAUCAAAGGCAACGAUAGAGGCAAGAUCAAGAAUCUCGCGAACUGGGAGCUAUCGUUACGCGCUGGGAAGUACGAAACGGCGCUUGACCAGGUGUUGGAGUCAAAAUCCCCCAACCGCCUCCAAGACACCACCACCCUCCUCACGACCCUGCGCCACCGCUCCGCCCUCCGCACCGCCCUCUCCAACCGCGACGAACUCACCCUGCAGCCCAUCCUGCGCUGGAUCAACACGACCCUCGCGCAGCAGCCGCGCCUCAUCAACCUCACCGCAGACGUGAUCCUGCUCGUCAUCGACCUCUACGCCGACUACCUCUCGCAAUCCCCCGAGACGCAGCAGCUGUUCACGGACCUGUGCACGGCGGUGCGCAACGGGCUCGAGGCGAGCCAGGUGGCGAAUCGGGUCGCGGGCAUGGUGGAUAUGCUUGUGAAUGGGUAUGCGUGAUGUGGGGGGUUGUGUUGUUGGCUUUCUUCGGUGAUGCGGGAGUUUAGUGUGGUGGGGCUUGGAUUUUUCGGGUUUGUGUUUGGCAUAGCGAUGGAGUUUUUUAGG